AUGGGAUUGAUAAGUACGUCAAUGGUCACAGUGGUACUCGUUUGGAUUACUUACUUCGUUUUCAGAAAGCUCAGAACCAUAUUGAAGCAAAUUAGUGAGAUACAGGGACCACCAAUUUGGCCACUUGUCGGCAAUUUACAUCAAUUCCAUUUCAAACCAGAUGAAUUCUUCGAGCAAGCUCAAGGCCUAGCAUAUAUGUUGCAAGCUCGUGGGGAGCGCAUUUGUCGUGUUUGGUUCGGUCCCUGGCCAUGGGUUUUACUAUAUGGAGCAGAGGAAUGCGAAGCUAUUCUUGGAAGUAAUAAAAUUUUAGACAAACCAAUACAAUACCACUUUUUAAGUGGUUGGAUUGGACAAGGGCUACUCAUCAGUGAGCCGAAAAAGUGGCGAUUGCGACGAAAACUUCUCACACCGACGUUUCACUAUGACAUACUAAAGGAUUUUGUUAGUGUGUAUAAUAAGCACGGAAGAACACUUUUACGUAAAUUCCAAGCACUGUGUGGUGAUCAGUAUAACGACAUAUUUCAUAUAGUAUCACUGUGUACUCUGGAUAUCAUUUGCGAAGCUGCCCUCGGAACACAUGUUGACGCCCAGAACAAAUCGUCUCCCUACUUGAAUGCAGUUUGCAAGAUGAAAUAUAUGGUUCAUCAGCGAGCACUAAAGGUGCACUUUUACUUCGAUACUAUUUAUAAUAUAUUUGGAAACGGAAAAGAAGAGAAGAAGUGCACUGAAAUACUUCAUGAAUUCACCGCCGCAGCAAUAGCAAAUCGCAAAAGAAUGGUCGAUGAAGCAGGAGGUAUCAAUAAUCUGUUAGAGAAAGAAACAGUAUCAGGUAAACGGCGUAUGGCACUUCUGGAUUUCAUGCUUGAUUUACAUGCGAAGGGUCAGUUACCUAUGGAAGGUGUGCAAGAGGAAGUGGAUACAUUCACUUUCGAGGCAUAUGACACAACUUCAACAAGCAUGAAUUGGUUUUUGCAUUUGAUGGGUACUAAUCCAGAAAUUCAAGCAAGAGUUCAAAAGGAAAUUGACGAAGUUUUAGGAGAAGAAGAUAGACCUGUAACAUAUGAAGACUUUGGACGGCUAAAAUUCUUGGAGGCCUGUAUCAAAGAAACUCUGCGGUUGUUCCCCAGUGUACCGAUGCAAGCCCGACAAUUGACUAAAGCUACGAAAAUUGGAAACAAAGUGCUGCCACGUGGUAUGGGUGUUAUGAUAAUUGCAUCGAUGGUUCAUCGAGAUGUACGAUAUUGGCCGGAUCCAGAAGUAUUUAAGCCAGAAAGAUUCCUCAACAAUCAGCCCAGACAUCCGUUUGCGUACAUUCCUUUUUCUGCUGGACCGAGAAAUUGCAUCGGACAACGGUUCGCACUUAUGGAACAAAAAUGCAUUCUGGCACUGCUGAUGCGGAAUUUGAAGGUGAAAUCGAAAUUGCGCACCGAUCAGAUGCGUGUAUCCGCUGAACUUGUGAUUCGGCCCCUAUUUGGUAAUGAAAUACGAUUUGAACCACGCAAAUUCGGGGAUUAUGUACAAAUUGAAUAG